GUACCAAGGAGACGCAGAAACCCUUUCCCCAGAUCCCCACUCGGAGGGAGAAGCGCAGACGGACAAAAGCAUUCCUGCCUUUCAAUAAAACAACACAACAAUAACUUGGCUCACCGCUAUUAUUUGCUCCAAAAUACAAAUCGAAGAGGACAGGCGUGAGAGUGAGUGAGAGGCUUCAGCAUCAUCGGGUCUCGGGCCAGACCUUAGAAACACCAGAAAACACUUUGUAGAAACACGACAACGAAAUCGGGGAUUUCUGAACCGUUGGACGAGAACUUCAUCUGGAAGAAGGAGAGACUGAAGAUGAGGACAAUGAGGAAGAUGAGGACUGCUCUGCUGAUUUUAUCCCUCGGGCUGCUGCUGCACUGCGUCACUUCACAGGACACUGAUCCUAAAGCAUCUUCUUCUGCUGCCCCUCCGGCUACUCCUACCACCACGGCUGUUCCUCCUCCUCCUACUGCUGCUGUAGUUGCCUUGGCCACAACCGCAACGGGAGGCACGCCAACAGACAAGCCAACCGCCACCACAGCUCCUAGCGCCAGCACCAUCAUCACCAAGGUGUCCCCGCAUCCACCACAGACCACUGGAGCCCCACAGCCAACCAAAGCUGUUUCCACACCUUCAGUUCCAGUCAGUAUGGGACCAGCAGUGACGGUGACCCCUAUAGGGACACCGUCAGAUACCUCGGCCCCACAGAACCAGGACCAGACGACCCAGGCCCAAAAGACCCAGGAACAAACGACCCUUCUCCCAAAGACCCAGGACCAGUCAACCCUGGCCCCAAAGACCCAGGAUCAACAGACCCCGACCCCAAAGACCCAGGAUCAACAAACCUCGGCCCCAAAGACCCAGGAUCAACAGACCUCGGCCCCAAAGACCCAGGAUCAACAGACCUCGGCCCCAAAGGCCAAGGCUCAACCUACCGGGGCCCCACUGAACCCGGGCUCACAGACCUCGGACCAGACGACCCGGGUACUACCGACCCAGGAUAAGUCAACCUCUGCCCCACAGAACCAGGACCAACCGACCCCGGCCCCAAAGACCCAGGACCAGUCAACCCCGGCCCCAAAGACCCAGGACCAGUCAACCCCGGCCCCAAAGACCCAGGACCAACAGACCCUUGCCCCAAAGACCCAGGAUCAACAGACCUCAGCCCCAAAGACCCAGGACCAACAGACCCUUGCCCCAAAGACCCAGGAUCAACCGACCUCGGCCCCAAAGGCCCAGGACCAACAGACCCUUGCCCCAAAGACCCAGGAUCAUCUGACCUCUGCCCCAAAGGCCCAGGACCAACAGACCUCGGCCCCAAAGACCGUGGCCCCACAAACCAAAGCGAACCCGGGCAUCAUAAAUCCAGCGGGCGUCCCGGAUAUUCGUGUUCCUAGCACCCCAAACAAGGAAAUCCAUACAAAGACCUAUAUUUUCCCAAGGAGUACAAUGGCCACGUCCCAAAUGAGUGAAAAGUACAAGUUUCAAACAAGUGGAAAUUCUGAGUUCCUAAAGCGUGGAAAGUACGAGUUACAAUCGAGUGAAAAGAUCGAUGACGAGAUCAAUGUGGCCGCCUGUCUGAAGCUGAUGGGCCCUAUGACCCACGGGAACUGUACCGUGACCUGGAGCGGGCACGGUGAAAACAUCGUAGUUGAGGAGGUCGUCGAUAUCUGCGCCGCAGUGGCUGUCCCGACGGCCAAUAAAGUUUGGGACGAAAUCAAGCUGGAGAUGCACCCUACCAAGCCGGGCGACAAGACAACGCUGAUCGCCAUCCUGGCGUCGUGCGGGGCGCUGCUGGCCAUGAUCAUCGGCCUAGGCAUCUACGCCACGCACCACCGCAAGCCCUACCACGAGAACCAGCAACACCUGACGGAGGAGCUGCACACGGUGGAGAACGGUUACCACGACAACCCCACGCUGGAGGUGAUGGAGGUGCAGCCGGAGAUGCAGGAGAAGAAGGCGCCGCCGUGCAACGAGUUCAACGAUAGCUGGAUCGUUCCCAUGGAGUCCAUGAACAAGGAGGUGCUCCUGGAUGAGGAAGACACUCACCUGUAGGGAGGAGGAGGAGGAGCAUGAGGAGGAGGACACUCGCCUCCAGGGAGGAGGAGGAGCAGGAGGAGGAGGAGAACACUCACCUGUAGGGAGGAGGAGGA